AUGAAGUUACUAAAUUUGAAUUCAUUAAUCCUUGCGAUAUCGUUCCUCACGGUUUCAUCGGCACAAAAUAACCUUUACGCAACUCCGUUCAUCACAUCAUCCACGUCAAAAUUCGGAAGAAGAAUCGAGGGAACGGCGGUGAAUGUGAACGGGGAUAUUUUCGCAACAAAUUUCGAUGCAAACUUAUUCGAGAUUGGUAGUAUCACACCAUCACAAUCGGUUUAUCAUACAUCCUCAUCACAAAAAUCUUUUUACAAUGGUAUAAGGUUCAUCCCAUUAACGAAAACUCAAGUGAAUCAAGGUAUAAAGGGGGUAGCAUUAUUGACCAAUGUAAAUGAGGAUCAAAUUACGAAAAUCGUUGUACAAAAAGAUGGUUACGUUAAACAAAGUGCCAUCUGUAAGGAUAAAACGUUAUCGUUACCAAAUGAUUUAGCGUAUACUUACAAAACUAAUCGAAUAUAUAUCUCGGGACAAAAUAUUACCGCGAAUACCGUCAAAGGUGAUGGGGGUUUAUGGGUUUGUGAUGGUAAAAGUGGUCAAUUGAUUGAGCACCUACCAUUUGGACGAACGAAUGGUAUAGAAGUGUCACCUGAUGAAAGCAAUUUAUAUAUUUCGGAAACUUUAAAUAAAGAUUCCAAAGUGGUAUCCAAUAAGAUUUGGAAAUUUGACAUUGAUAAACGUACGGGAAAAGUAUCUAAUCAAGUACUUUUCGUGGAUUUUGAAAAAUUAGAUGGUACUCAAGCGAUUGAUAUUGAUGGCAUGAGGACCGACAUUGAUGGGAAUUUGUAUGUCACAAGACAUGAUGGAAGUCACGUCACCGUGCUUUGCCCUCUAGGCAAAAUUUUAUCCAAGAUUAAUUUAAACUCUAUUCAAAAACCUACCAAUUUGGAUUUUGGUGGUAAAGAUGGUAAAACUUUAUUCAUCGUUGGUGCUUGUAAAGAUAAUGGUACGAAAGGUUGCGUAGAAACCAUUCAAAAUGAUAUACCUGGUAGAGCGUUUACCGCUUUAAAAUCUCUAAAUGGGAAAUUUAAUUAA